AUGGUUGCGGCAGGCGAUAUCAAUGUGCGUGUCACUUCGAUGGACUCGGAGCUCGAGUUCGCCAUCCAGUCGAGCACCACCGGAAAGCAACUUUUUGAUCAGGUUGUCAAGACGAUCGGGCUCCGUGAGAUCUGGUACUUUGGGCUCCAGUACACUGACAACAAGGGAUUUCCAACAUGGCUUAAACUGAACAAGAAGGUCAUGUCGCAGGAUGUGAAGAAGGAUCCUACCCUUGUUUUCAAAUUCCGCGCCAAAUUCUAUCCAGAAGACGUAGCCGAGGAGAUUAUUCAGGACGUUACUAUGCGGCUGUUCUACCUGCAAGUGAAAGAUGGAAUCCUCUCCGACGAGAUCUACUGUCCACCAGAAACCUCCGUUCUCCUUGCCUCGUAUGCGAUGCAGGCCAAAUAUGGAGACUACGUUCCGGAGACACACGUUGCUGGAUGUUUGACAGCUGAUCGCCUGCUUCCACAACGCGUUCUGGGACAGUUCAAGCUGAACAGCGAAGAAUGGGAACGCCGUAUAAUGACAUGGUGGGCAGACCAUCGGGCCACGACUCGUGAACAAGCCAUGCUGGAGUAUUUGAAGAUCGCUCAGGAUCUGGAGAUGUAUGGAGUUAACUACUUUGAAAUCCGCAACAAGAAGGGAACCGAUCUAUAUCUCGGAGUCGACGCUCUCGGACUCAACAUCUACGAUAAGGCGGAUCGUCUCUCCCCGAAAGUCGGAUUCCCAUGGUCUGAGAUUCGAAACAUUUCGUUCAACGACAAGAAGUUUGUCAUCAAGCCAAUUGAUAAGAAGGCUCAUGACUUCGUCUUUUACGCUCCACGUCUCCGCAUCAACAAGCGUAUUCUGGCGUUGUGCAUGGGCAACCACGAGCUAUACAUGCGUAGAAGAAAGCCAGACACCAUCGAAGUGCAACAGAUGAAGCAGCAAGCCAGAGAAGAGCGUGCUCUUAAGAUUGCCGAGCAAGAGAAGCUUACGAGAGAAAUGUCGGCUCGCGAAGAGGCUGAAACUCGCCAACGCGAGGCCGAGAAGCGUAUGCAACAAAUGCAAGAAGACAUGGAAAGAGCUCGCCAUGAGUUGGCUGAAGCCCACAACACGAUUCACUCGUUGGAGGCUCAACUUAAACAACUUCAGUUGGCCAAGCAGGCUCUCGAACAGAAGGAGUACGAACUUCGUGAGCUCACUGCUCAAUUGCAAUCGGAGAAGGCGAUGAGUGACGAUGAGAGACGUCGUUUGAGAGACCAAGUUGAUGCUCGUGAACGUGAGGUCUACACGAUGAGAGAGGAAGUCGAGAGACAGACGACAGUUACGAGACAGCUUCAGACACAGAUCCACACUCAACAACACACUCAAAACCACUACUCUCACCACGUUUCCAAUGGACACGCUCACGAUGAGACUGCCACUGAUGAUGAGGAUAAUGGAGCAACUGAACUCACCAACGACGCCGACCAGAACGUGCCACAACAUGAGUUGGAGCGUGUCACCGCUGCUGAGAAGAACAUUCAAAUCAAAAACAAAUUGGAUAUGCUGACUCGUGAAUUGGACAGUGUCAAGGAUCAGAAUGCCGUCACUGAUUAUGAUGUUCUUCAUAUGGAGAACAAGAAAGCCGGACGCGACAAGUACAAGACUCUCCGUCAAAUACGCGGUGGAAACACGAAGCGACGAAUUGACCAAUACGAAAAUAUGUAA